AUGUGGCGAAGCUGGGACAGUGGAAACUUCAGAGUGGUCUACGCAAUCUUGCACAAUUUUGCGUUCGAUGCGAUCUGCUGGCUCGAAAUUGACCAGCGGGUCUUCGGGCCGAUGGAGACAAGCGAGCCUAAUGAAGUAUGGAGAGAGCAUUUGAACUUGCUGAGUGACGAUGAGAAUCACGAGACGGAUGAAAGUAUUGUUGAGUCGUUGACAAAGAAGCUAAGCGAGAUGGAAGACAGGGUCUUGGCAUGGGACCCGAACGAGUUUACCGAGGCAUUUCGCCAAGCAUUGAUGAGACAAGGCGCAACGAAACCUCCGCGUUUGGAAGAAUCAGAUUUCAAGAUUCAGACAAGACCCGACCGAUCUGUCGAGGUGCAACAGUUUACCCCAAAAGAUGACUACCUGAUGCGGGUCUCCGCGACUGAGCACAAGCCCCCCCCCCCCCCCCCCCAGUUUAGCAACGCAAAUUUCUUCAAUUUCCUUCAGCACCGUACCAUCGUGCGGCGGGAUACGAACAUUCAAAUACAAGGCGUCAACAAUUCGCCAAAGCAUACCAUCCUAGAACAUUUCAUUUCGAAUGCUUCAAAUUAUCCCAUGGCCUCGUCAGUGAUUCACCGCGACUAUCCUGGGGAUGAGAAAGCCGUGUCGGAGUGCAAACAAGGGGCGCUAUCCGAUGGAACGCGAGAUGCCGCAGAGCGUGGCCACCUUGCGACGGACCAAUAUGGACAUGCAUUGGUGCAAUUUGACCCAGUCGCCGAGUCGCGUCUUCGUUGGAAGAUGGAUCUGUACAUUGUGCCCACGGUGGCAAUGAUGUACCUUUUUUGUUUCAUCGAUCGUGCAAACAUCGGCAAUGCGAAGCUAGCCGGUUUCAGCAAAGAUCUUGGACUCAAGGGGUACGACUAUAACAUUGUGCUUUCCAUUUUCUUUGUCGCCUAUAUCAUCUUUGAGAUUCCUAGCAAUAUCGCAUGCAAAUGGAUCGGACCUGGCUGGUUCCUCCCCUCUAUUACGCUGGGAUUCGGCAUUUGCUCCGUCGCAACGGCCUUUGUCCAGAACAUUCACGCUGCUUGUGGUGUCCGCUUCUUGCUCGGUAUGUUCGAAGCAGGUCUGUUGCCUGGAAUCGCAUAUUACAUGAGUCGAUGGUAUCGCCGCAGUGAACUGGCCUUCCGUCUGUCACUGUACAUCGUCAUGGCGCCCCUAGCCGGCGCUUUUGGCGGACUUUUGGCUUCAGGUAUCUUGAAGUUGGACCACUUUGGCAGUCUGAAGACCUGGCGGAUGCUCUUUGCCAUAGAAGGUCUCGUGACCAUUGGAAUUGCUCUGAUCGCGUUUCUGACCAUGACUGAUCGGCCCGAGACUGCGCGCUGGCUGUCGCAGGAGGAGAAGGAUCUGGCGAUUGCCCGUCUCAAGUCGGAGCGCGUCGGCACCACGGAAGUGCUUGAUCGACUGGACCUGCCGAAAACUCUUCGUGGCAUAUUCAGUCCUGUUACACUGAUCACCGCGACCAUUUUCCUUCUCAACAACAUCACCGUUCAAGGACUGGGAUUCUUUGCGCCCACUAUUGUCCAGACAAUCUACCCGAAGGCAACGGUGGUGUCACAGCAGCUUCAUACUGUUCCACCUUAUGUGGUCGGUCUUUUUGUUGUGACCCCGCCGCUGGUGAUGACCGGGUACAUCAUGUUUCUUGCGAGCGAAGACCCGAUGGUUCGCUAUGGAGCGACUUUCAUCAUUGCAUGCGGUGCCUUCUCGUUUGGCGCCCUUUGCAAUGCCCACGUGUCUGCCAAUGUUAUCUCGGACACAGCUCGAUCAUCUGCGAUUGGAACCGUCGUCAUGUUCGGCAACAUCGGCGGGUUGAUUUCAACUUGGUCGUUCCUUCCCUCCGAUGCGCCCAAUUAUCACGUUGGGAACGGACUGAACCUCGCGACCUCUUCGACGACAUUGUUGCUUGGUGCAGGGUUGUGGGCUUGGAUCGGGUGGGACAACCGACGGCGGGGCCAGAUCGAUGUCAACGCCGCUUUGACAGGUCUCUCCCAAAAGCAGGUCCAAGACAUGGAUUGGCGCAAUCCUGCAUUCCGCUGGCGUCCAUGA